ACUUUAGUUUACGUCAGCUCCUCCGCGGAAGAUGUGUUGGUACACCCGUAUCGAUUGUUCACUUUGCUCGGGCCUGGAAUUGGUGAAUUUUCAUUGAAAAGGACCCCCCUAAUCAUGAUUUAAAGCCACCCCCCACCCCCAAAUACUACAUAUAGCAACAGAUACCGUGUACUUCCGUGACGCUACCCGGUGGUGGUGUGUGCUAUCGCGCGAGAAAACGUACGUGUCCUGUGAGAAUUUACAGAGGAUACCAGUGAUUUUUCUCAUCCUUUUUUCCCCCAUUUCUUUUCCCUCUCCCCCAUCGCAAAACGUGAAAAAAAAAGGAUUAUUUUUCCUUUUCAGUGAACCCUCAAGUGGUGUAUCUAUUUCGUGUGUGUUCACAUUUUGAAAUUUGUUAAACACUCGAAAGAUGGUUUAAUGUGAAAUGAUUCAAAAUGACUUGGUGGAAACUUCGGGAACGUCUUGAGUUAAUCUCAAGAUUAAUCUUGCAAAAUGUUUCACGAGGUUAGACUGUGACGCGUAUGAUAGUUCAAAAGGUCAAUUGAAAACUAGGCGCGCGAACGAGCAAGACACACCACUGUGAAAAGAAGAGUGUCUCGCAAAGGACGCUGACAGAAACUUUGUUAUCCACGUGAUGGCAGUCAGCAAUAUUGUCUGUGAGUGGCUAAAGGCCCUAGGUCUAGGUCAGUACGCAGAGAGUUUCCUCGACAAUGGCUACGACGACCUGGAGAUCUGCAAGCAAGUGGGUGAUCCGGAUCUCGAUGCCAUCGGCGUGGAAAAUCCCCAGCAUCGGCAUAAAUUGCUGAAAUCCGUGCGACAGCUGAGGGAGAAGGGUGCUGCUAGUGUGUACUUUAUGCUCAACGACCCAAAUGGGCUAGCUGAGGGACUGGAGGAGGCUAUUGGCAGAGAAACCCCACCGCCAACGGAAUUGGAAACAAUUCUAAGGCAACAACUGCAGAGCGACUCCAUCCGAUUGACAUCCCAUCCAUAUUCAACGCCGGAUGGUGAACGUGGUCAUUUGGAGGGUCUUGCAUCGGUUUAUUGUGAAAUUCUGAUGGCUCCAUUUGGGGACGUUUUAAGUGCUUUAGAGAAUGAACGAUUAGCGGCAUGGGCCGAUAUUAGUCCACACCAUAGGGGUGUUGGUGCGAAUCGAGGCCACCGCGGGAGCUCCAGUCAAGGUGGCCUCCCCAAUAGCCAUAGUCAACCAAUUUAUGUGCCAGGGAAAUAUUCACCGUCAAGCUGUCUAUCCGAUAAGGAAGAGGAUGAAAUUUACGGUUUCGGAUAUGGUGUCUUCGCCCCAAGGGUGGCUCGGGGUGCACUGCAGUCGGCGAUCAAUUCGCAACAGCAUCCAUCCCACACUACCACCACCCAGCAGCCGCAGUACCAACAAUCACAGAACUCAUCCAUUCAACCAGCCAUACAGCAGAGCUGCCUGAGUCCGAGAUCGGCGUAUUUUUAUGAAUUCCCUCCCACAGAAGGACGCGAAACAACGAAGAAGCGCUUAACAUUGGCACGUUUGCUCAAAGGCCUAAAAACUGUAAAUAGAAGAGAUAGGACCAAUAAUCAAAACACCGGCACAACUCAAUUAAUCAACGAGAGAAUCGAAAGACUGAGACAUUUCCAAGCGAACGGAGGACCACAAAACAGUUUCGAGGAAACCAUCCAUAGGCUUAAAGUUCAAGAGGCACUGAGGAAGAGGGAAAAAUUCCAACGUGAACACGAAGAGAUACUACGAAAUAUUCGACAGGGUCUCCUCCAAAUGAGCCGAGAUGGUGUAUGUGCAGAUGAUACGUAUAUGUAUGAUGAUGCUGCUCGUGGUGCUCUCGGUGGAAGUCACUACCAGGGGCAUUGGUACGAUGAACCACCGUAUGAAAGUGAUCCAGAUGAUUUUCUGAUGUCUGGCAUAAAUGCGGGGCCUGCGGCUACAAUACAGGACGGCCGUGUUUCCUUCACGACCCACUCACGAGAAGGUACAGGAGUUAUUUCUCUGAGAUCAGCUGGUGACAUAUCUCUACCCCAGAGAGCUCCACCCCGCCGAGGACUCAUUGUGCCACAGCAUGGAUCUAAUCCACCUACAAUAAUUCCCCUAACGCAUGCCAGAUCACACGAUAGGGAGAGUGGGGACUAUGCUGGAUCCGUGUCGGACAUUCAGAGUGUCACAUCUCGCCUCAGUACGGUUUCGAUUGGUACAAACAAUUGUACAGCCCGGUACAGGACACUCAGCGGUGGCAUUGGUGAAUCACCAUCCCCAUCGCCGAGUCCAUCAUCCGAUUACGAGGACGAUUUAGCUGGCCCGCAUCAUGGAUUACCUGGUGGCAUGGCUAAGGGCAAAAGGAGUGCGGCACACAAAGGCUCAACAAUUAGCCAGAAGGCGACCGUGCAUCAUCCUGGAGAUGUACGGAGUUCACCCAAGGAGAAAGCUGUCUUUGGUGAGAAUUUACGAAAGUUCAAUGGGACAAAGGAAACUUCGAGGGACUUCAAUACAUCUCAAGAGAAUACUGACCGGGGCAGUAUAAGUGAUCAGGCAUUCCCAUGCUCAGCUAGUUCCGUUGAGAGUCUCCCAAGUGCUUCUGGUUCGAAACUUCUUACCCUUGCAGGUACACAAGCUCUCGUUCGACCCGGAAGCCCCCAAAGCUCCCUCUCUGCGGACGACCGGAAUACCCUGCCACCCAUUUGUAUAGCUAAAGCCAUUGUAGAUAGUUUACCAAAUCCCUAUGACAAAGAAGCUCUUCGCUUCAAGAAAGGUGAUAUUAUAGAUGUAAUCUCAAUGAAUACUUCCGGUAUUUGGCGGGGACGGUGCAAUGGGCGCGUAGGACAUUUUAAAUUUAUCAACGUUGAAGUUCUCCCAGAUCAACGACGUAAAAAUGUUAACAAUAAAAUAACUUCCUGCCGCAAUCCUAAUAGUCCUGCCACCGUUGAGGAGCUUCUCCUGCGAAUAGGUCUCAAAGAAUACACGUCUGUCUUUGUACUUAAUGGCUAUGAAGACUUGGAGCUUUUCAAGGAGCUAGAACCUGCAGAUUUAGAUUACCUCGGUGUGCUCAAUAAUGAUCACAGAGCUAAGCUCUUGACUGCUGUACAGCUUCUUCAUGAUAUGGAUUCCAAUUCCGAUGGGGAUGUAGCAGGAUCGAGUUCAGAGAAUGACGAAGCUCUUCGGCGGAAUCAUCUGGCAUCUCUCAAGCAUCCUUCUUCGCCAUUUGGUCGUCGACACUUCCCACGGGAUUCAGGCUGCUACGAAGGUUCACCCGUACCUGCGGGUUCAGCCACGCAGAUUAUGCCCGUAGAUGAUGCUCACAGUUUAGAUGAUGUCGUUACACAGUGCUCGAAUGAGAUUCUAAAGCGUGUGGAGAAUGCCAGGAGGAUGAAGGAGGAGAAGACAACGCCGAAGGGAAUGCAGCGAAUAGGCAAGAAGGGACUUUUGGGUGGAAGUGCAGGGAAUACCCCAGAUGAGGGGAUUUGCUCACGUGGCGGUGGGGCACUCAGUGAGAAAUCCAGUGAUUCUGGGGUCAGCAGUAGUUCACUCUCUUCAGGCCCAAUGAAGAACAUUACGUGAAAUAUACUGCAAAAGUUAUCCAAGUAAGUUUGCUCCCUUCCGACAAAUUCUACCCAUCUACCCUAUAUAUGGUAGCGCACCGAUAAACCAAGUUGGGCGGGAAAGAAUUCCCAUUUAAAGGGCUGUAGCGAAAAUUAAGGGUUCAAAUAGUUUUCUUGAAAUAAUCUUUUAAAUUUUGGAUAAAUCUUUUUUCUUGGCGCUAAAAAUUCAUUAAGCUUUCUCUAUGAAUUGUCUGAAUUUAAAUUUUAUUUUGAGGCAAAAGCUCUUCGUGAGCUUUUCACUUAAUCUCCCUGAAUUAAAGACCAUCAAAAACGUUCCCAUAAAUUGCGAUUUGGUGUGUACUGUGCUAAGCCUUUUUGCAUUUACUUGAAACAACAAUCUCACACUCCCCGCCCAUUCAACUUCCGCGGGUGUGGGUGGCCUCUUCAAAAGCUCAAGAGAAUCAUGGAAAAGUUUCAAGAUUAUCGCACUUUGUUAGUGAAUCGCUUGAAAUUAUGCAAAUAGUGGCAACAAAAUGCAAAUGGCACGCGAAUCGGUAAUAUUAUUGCAGAGAAAUUCGUGGCAAUUAUAUAUAUUUUCCUUUCGAAAGAGUAAAUAAUACAAAACAUGGGGUACAUUGCGCGCUUUGUAUCCCAUAAGUUUGUGAAUUUGGUGAUGGUGGGAGGGAGAGAAGAAGCAAAAUUAGUCAGGAAAAGAAUGAAAAAAUCGUUCUACAUUCUGUUCAAUUGCACAGUUCAAAUGUUCGCAAUAAUGGUGGUAGGAGCGGUGGGAGAGAAAGGAAGGGAGCUCAAUUUGCACAUAAAAGGAACAGGUGAGACGUGUUAUGAAAGAAGAACACACUCUGAAUAUUCAUUCUACAACUCCUUGUACCAUUUUAUGUGUUGAAGAAUGUUGGUUAUUUUUUGCAGCAGCACAAACACACAGAAUAUUCAAAAAAAAAAAAAAAAACUCGAAACAAUAAAAUAAAAAAUCAAAAGAAUUGCAAGAGAAUACAUAAAAACAUAGUAUAUUAGCAUAAAUAGUUAAUGGGCGUUAAUUUGUCAAUAAACUGUGAACAAUGGCGUUAACAAUCUUCUAAAACAAUGUUCCAAACGAACACUGCCAUAAAUGAAUUCAAUCUUACGACCUAUCCAUCCGGAAAAUUUUGACAUUUUUUUUAAAUUUUGAAAUUCUAUUUUGAAGAUUUGUUAGAUUUACAAAGAAAUUUUAAAAUUAAAAUAUUCUAAUUUUUUACAAAGAACUUUUUUUUUAUUAUAAAGACCCGAAGAAGAAGGUUUAGAGAGCUUUCGAAAUGUCUUUUUGACAGAAUCUAACUUCACUUCAGCUUCGAAUGCUUGAGACUUUCUAAUCUCUUCGUGAGUAUGAGAGAAACAAAAUGACUUUUUCUUUUAUAAAAGCUUUGUUUUUAAUUUAAAUAUAAUCAUUAGAAAAACUUUAAUGAUUUUUAGACUAUUUUUUUUAGUUCAAUUAAUCUAACAAAAAUUUCAAUAAAGAAAUUCUCAAUCAAUUUUAAAAGAAAAACUAAUAUUCUUUAUUCCCACAAAACUUAACAAACUUCAAAAGCAAUACAUUUAUAGUACGAUAACUUAGAACAAUUUGUAAAUAUGAAUGAAAUGAGUGGGAAAAUAAUGCAGGGGAAGGAAACUUCUUGAAAAAAAAGGGAAGAAGUUGCAAAAAGAACUUUAAAGUUCUUGUGACUGAAUGGAAGAAAAAAAAUCAAUUUAAUAAAAGAAUUAUUUUCAUCAUCUCUCCAUUCUAACAUCAAUCUUAACAAAAAAAUAAAUCAUAAAUGUGAGACAAAAAGGGACAUUUUUAAAUAAGAGAAAAACAAGUAAUAAAAAACGAAAAAAGUAGAUUUUAAAAGAAUUUAUCAUAUCUGUGGUCAAAGAUAAUGAAUGAAGAUGAAAAAAAAACAUUUAUUAGGUAUUAAUGCAUGAAAACUUAACAAUGAAAAUAAUAUCAAUUCAAUGAAUGCAACAAUAAUUUUGCAAGAAACUUUUUUACUAUAUAUUUUUUAAUUCAUGCCUAUUUAGCUAGAAUUUUUUAUUUCAACUAUAUAUUUAAAUGAAAAUCUGCUUAAACUGUUAAUUAAAGAAAAAAGAAAGAAUAAUGUAUAGUGUUAGUUUUUUUACACUUUACCUACAAAGUGAAAAAAUAAAUAUAUUUGAAAAAAGACUAUUUGACCGCAUAAGUAAUGUAAUUUAUACUUUUUAUCAUUUUUUAUACUGUUAUUGCAUUUAUUUAUGAUAAAAGGAAAAUCUUUAAAAAUGGAGAAAAAAAAAUGGAGAAAAAAUAUUGCUAUCAAAUGAUAAAAAUGUCGCCAAAAUUUUACUCAACACACGUGAAAAAAUGCAACCAAAAAUGUAUAUAAAAAAUUUAAUAUGUUAUAUAUCUGUAAUAUUCUAAUAUUUCAAAUUAUUAGGUGAAAAAUAAACAAACAAAAAAAUAUAGUCAUUUAUAAUGAAAUUAUAUUGAAAAUGCGUGGAAAACGAGCUGAGAAAACAGAGAAAAGGGUUUUAAAAUCGAGGAUGGAGACUUAAAGUUAAACCAUUGUAUGGGAGUAUGGAAAGAAAGUAUUUUAUUGUACAGACCAUUUUAAUGAUAUUCUUUCAAAAAAUAGCAAUCUAACAUGAAAAAAAAAACAUUCUAUAGAACGAAUAAAGAAAGAGAAAAUUAGAGAAGAAAAAAAACUCGACUGAUCU